UCGAUUCAAACGCGUUUAGUAACUAUAGUCAAGAAGCCUUUAAUUUAUUUUUCCAACAAGAAAAAUCGAAUAGAAAUUUUUACAUAAACAGUGCAUUUUAAAUUUAAAAAAACCACAAUAUGACCAUGGACAGUAUAAUAGACAAAAUGCAUCGUUCAAAAAUGAAGGAAUUUGAUUGGAGAGUUCAUGUUUCAUGUGAUGAAGAUAUUAUGCCAAGCACUGAGCAAAUACCUGGAAGUUUAGGAUCUUUUGGUAUUGGACUAAUAAUAAUUUCUACACUGAUAACAUUAGUUACAAUGUAUCUAUCAAUUGAUGCUAUUUAUAAAAUAUUUUUUCAAAAUCAAACGAGGUCGUAUAAAAAAAAUAGCGCUAUUAUACUGUCUGUUUAUCCAGUUGCCAGUAUUUGCAGUUUACUGGCUUUAGCCAUUCCCAGGGCUCAGGUGCUGUCAGAAGCAUUGACUCAAAUCACCUUAACGAUCGCGUUAUACAGUCUGUAUCUCGUUCUAAUCGACGUUGGUCGUCGAAAGAUCACGAAGGCACCACCAUUAAUGCUAAAUGUCCUGCCAUGUUGCUGCUGGCCCUGUCUGCCCUUUCCAAUUCUUCAAAUGACCGAGGCUAAUUUGUCCUGGCUUCGGAUUUUUGUCCUGCAACUUCCUAUCGUUCAGACAUUGGUCUACGUAAUCACUCUUUAUAUGGCAAUGGAGGAAGCAAUUCUUGUGACAAGAUACAGUAUUUUUCUACAAACAUUUGCCGUAAUUAGUAUACUUCUGGGAAUAUAUGGACUGACCAUUACCACCAGGAGUUUAGAGGAAGCAGCCCCAGGGACCAAUUUGAGACGUAAGACUGUUGUAACUCAGAUGGUGUUGCUGUUUUCCAAGUUGCAGGGAUUUAUCAUCAAAAGCGUGGCAAAUUGGACGUCGCUCUUCCCUUGUAACCCUCCUCUUUCACCGAACGCCUACGCCAGUGUUACGUAUAACGCACUGAUGGUAAUCGAAAUGUUGAUGCUUUGCUACGCGGCUCGGCUGAUAUACAUCGAGGACGAUGAGAGAGAUGAUGAUGCCUCUGCUGCGACAGAUCGUACCAAAGAUAAUAAUCCAGGACUGGUGGGUGUGACUAACAACAACGACCAACUUCCUGUACAACUAGCUGCUUCCACUGCCUAAGGGCACGACACCUUAUGUCCCCCCUUAUCUAUAAUACGAAAAGGGAAUAUAAUUUCAAUUUUUAUCGUUAUCGAAUGGAAAUGAUGGAAUUCAUCAAUUCAUAAAGAAGACUCCAAGUGGAGGGCGCAUGACAUGGGACAGGGAGACGUUCUGCGUGGGUAUACCUGAAUAAAUUCUCCUUCAUCUGAUGAAAACCUUUCUUUCAUCAGCAAUUAUCCUCGACUCUGCUGAAUUCAUUAAAAACUGUUCUCAUAUACGAAAAGACCAAAAUUAGAUAUCGUCUCUUUUUCAUGGGGGUUAGGCCUCAUUGAAUUUUAAUUUAUUUGUUGAAAAUUAUCGUUUGCAAAAAGAUUGUUUUUAUUUAUUCUUUUAUGAUUUUUGUUCUUUUCUCCCUAAAUUUGAAUCAGUAAAAAUG